GCCUCGUGCAUCGUCGAAGGCGACCACCUGGAAUCAGCUUGCGGACUCGUGCUUCUCGCUUCUCUGGCGCGUGAAAUCAUCUACGAAAUAGGCUUCCGACUCGCCCGCAUGGAUAGAAGGCUGUCUCAAAAGAAUACAAGGGCAAGCGCGGCCUUGACAGCGACAAGAACGACCUUGACGUCUGCCUGCCGGCUCGGGUUCAUAGCACGCGGUCUCUCGCCCUCAUCGACGGAUAUGAGCGCAGGAAGGCGAGCGAGGGGCAGAGAGCCGGAUCGAAGGGCACAGCUGGCGGCUGGCUGGCGGUAAUCAGCCUCGAGGCAGCCAUGAACCGUGCACCUUCCAUACACGGCCAUCCACCUCGUUGUGGGCAGGGGCGAUGUUCCUGUCACUGCAGACCCGCCGCCACGUUGGAAACGCGAGUACAAGGAUUCACCUCUGAAAGCAUACUCUCUUAUCCACGAGCCGAUCAAUCACCGCAGCGCAACAGAAAGCCGAUGAUGCUUCCGGGCACACAGGGUCCGAUUCAGGGGAUCGUGCCUCGGGAGUCGACUCCCUCUCCUUCCUUUCGCGAGAGGCAGCGUGCGACGAAGGCCCAUUCAUUGCCGAUCGUUCCAUCCCUGAACCAGUUGCAGGAACGGCAGUCCGUAUAUCCCCAAGCCCAGCAACCGAGCCCGACGACUUCUACCGGCUCUCAUCCGUCUCGCAGGUCGCCGCCACCUUCACGAAUCUCACCUGUCGCUGCGAAGAUGUCGGUGGCGGCACAUGCACGUGAGCAUACGCCAGAGGGUGCGCCUUCUCCGCCUCUGCAGUCGCAUGCUCCGCAGGUGUUGCCUCCUCACCUCAUCCCUCUUCCGCCUCCCGGUCCCUCGCACAGCCAGAGUCUUCCAGCCGUUCCGCAAGUCGCCCAGAACCCUCACCAUCCCCGGCCCAUCAACCGCGUCCCACCACCGAACUUCCUCUCGCAGUUUGGCAACGACACAUGGCAGAUGACCCCCGAGUUGAUAGCUGAGAUCGAGAGAGCAGAUCUGCAGCAGGCUGCUGGUCAGUCAGGGUUCGCGUACGCUGGAGGAGCAGCCUCGAGCAACCUGAGCCUUGUGCAACCCGCCAAGGAUCCCGCCGUUGAGCGCGUGCGCGCAAGUGAUCGCUCCAGCCCGAAGGACCAGGACGCUAUCACCGCGAAGCGCCAGUCGCGCGACAAGGAUAGCAUGAACGCGCGCGACAGCCCGAAGACGCGGGAUCGCUCGCAGACGGUGUCGUCGAUAUCUUCAAUGGAGGGCCACGCUGCGGUCGCUCGGACGCCCGAGUACCGCGGAUCGCCCCAAUUCCAGGCGCCGAUGGUCUCUCCUGGCGAACGCACCGCGGUCUAUACGCAGUACGUCCCGGAGGGCUACCGUGACCAAGGGGGCAAUACACAGGUCCAGGGUCCCACGCCCCCGACUCGGAAGCCAGUGCCUGCUGUGGGCACAGCCGAGGCUGCUCCGACGCGCUUAACACCACCUGCCACCUCCAAGCUUGUCUCGAGCCACACUCCGCCCUUGCAGACCAUGACCUCACGUCCAUCGGAACGAUCGUUACCCUUGCAGGAGGAGCCGGAGGAGGAGGUAACACACUAUGUCGAUCGUGAGCCAGAGUAUGAGGAUCUCCAUCGAGGCUCACCCACCCCGUCGUCAGACCUGUACCCAGAGGGACGCUACGAGCCUCGUCGCGAGCAUGCACGACAUCCCAGCCGCGGAAGUGACGAUGAAGAGGAUGAUGUGACGUUGAACGACGAGGACGACGAUCAUCAGCAAAUGCAGGGCAAGGAUGGCGAGGAUUCGGGGUCGGGGUCGGGUUUCACCCCUCGCUCGCCGACUGUGCCUUUGCCAGAUCGUUCCCGGGAUGCCCCCUACACCAGCCCCACCUCGCAGUACGGCUCGACGACCGCUCAGUACAGCUCGACGCCCGCGCAGUAUCAGGCAAACACGAAUGCGGAUUAUCAGAAGACGAUUCGCGCCAAGCACCGGUCUGGGCCGACUGACCAACUGGGUAUGCGAAGCUUCGACCCGACAAUGUUCGAAGGCACGGUGAACAGUCUUAGAAGCAACGACAGAGGCUCGCCUGCGGGCGGCCAGCGCCAGUCUUCUCGCCCGCCUCAACCCCCGCCUCAGCCUCAGCCUCAGCAGCAGCCUACGGCACAGGCUCAACAGACUCAAGUGCGCCUGGAUUCGUCAAGGGUACAAGCAGAUGCCGCCCAACACGCCGCGCUGGGGCACUUGACGGAACACCAAUUGGCUCAGGCUGGUAUAUACCCUCCUCGUUUCCCUCAUCCUGACGAACUGCAGAGCUUGCUGGAGGACCCGACGUCAUCAUACAUCCACAGCUUCCUCCGGACCCCAGGUGCUCGCCCGAAUGCUCCUAUCCCCCCGACGCCACAGUCGAAUACCGCUGCGCCAUCGCCGUCGCCUCUGCUCUCGGCAAUGCAUAGCGACGCCGAACCGCGUCAAAUUGGCUCGCCAUACCCGUACCCGUUCACGCACAUCCGCCGUUCUACCAUGCCUGCAAUGCAGCAGGCUCCGUCCUCCACGCCCGACAUGAACAACCUCGACUACGUCCGCGAGCAGAUGGCCCUGCAGAUGCAGAUCUACGCACUGAACAACGGCUACCAGCAAGCAUCUGACGCUUCGACGUUCUCUCCGCCUGCCACUCCAUUCCCUGGCCCAGGCUACAACCCGUUGGCCUUCGUACCUCUUAUGGGUAUGCAAGGCCUUGGGCAGGCAGGCGCGCGGGCGUCCGUGAUGAGCAUGCGUUCGAGCCCAAGUCACGAGCCGGUGAGCUUGCCGCCUCCUCCGGCGAUGCGCGGCCGGGGUUUGCGCAGACGCGACCAAGCUCCGAGCCUGCGUGCACCCCAGCCUGGCGCCCGGCCUGUGCGGCGAGUGAAGCCCCCGCCCCGUGUUGAGAGUACCCAGCCCCGCGAGACGAGCCCGGAGUUGUCGUCAGAUGGCUCGGGCGAGGAGACGGCGGGUGAGGAGAAGUUCGUGGAUCACUACAUCGGCGAGGCUAGUGCACAAUCGACCACGAGCGCUACGCCUUGGACCAACGGGAACGGUAUCGAACACGUCGAGGACGAGGAGGGGGAGUGGGUGGAUGAGGAAGAGGAGGGAGAGGAGGAGGACCUACUCGAGUUGGAGUACCACCCAACCUAUGUGAGCAGUGUGCAAAGGCGGCGGCGCAGAUGGGAGACGCGCUGGGAUGCGCUCAUUCAAGCAUUCCAAGCUCUCGAUAGAGAGACGGAUGCCACGUUGGUCAUGCUCGCCUCCCCGUCGCACUCAACAAAACUACAUGCGCUCACGUCGCGCUCGAUCCGACGCGACGCGGCGCUGUACAAUUCACCCAAGCUCGCUAACAUCCGUGCUUCCUUCAACCAUCUCGCUAGCCAUCGGCGCAACGCACGCUCGCAACGGAUGUCGCUCGUCGAGAGGCUCCACCUCUCCGCAGGGUCUGCUGCCUCAGCCGACGGCUCGCCCAUAACCGCUGAGUCGCGGGAGGCGGACUUGCGUCGCGCUUUGGAAGCUGCGCUAGGCAGCCUCAGCGAGAUGGGAAAGAUCUACGAGGGGCGCGAGAUGCGCUGGCACGACGAGAUGAAGCAGCUUACGGACGACAGGGACCGCGUCGAGCUGCUGCUGAAGCAGGCGCUAGGUCCUCUGAUUCCGAACGGAAAUGUCAAUGGAGAUGGACGGUCAUGACCGCUAAUGAGGCGGAAGAAAAAGGGAGGAAAUAUGGAAAACCCUGUGAGACUUACACGACUAUCACGGAGAAUGUACGACAGCAUCGCCCGGCUCGAUGUAGACUACGCCUUUGUACACGUAGACAGACGUAUGAACUUAUGGAAAUUAACGACUUAUAUGGUC